AUGAAUGAAGAAAAUAGUAGUGGAGCUGGGCCUAGCAUUCAAAUUAGUCCUGAGAUGAUGUUGGUUUUGGAGGAAAUGAGAAAUAUGUUGAAGACUAUUAGGGGAGAUCAAGAAAAUACGAAUACAAUUAAGGUAAACACUGAUCGUGUGGAAGAACAAGAUCGUAUAAAUAAUCCGGAGCGAGAAGGUGAGAAUAAACGAAGGUGUACUUACAAGACCUUUAAGGAUGCUGAUCCCCCGAUAUUUAAAGGAGAUUUGGAUCCGCAUAUUGCGAAUACGUGGAUUAAGGAAAUGGAGAAAGUGAUAGAAAUUUCUGAAUGCUUGGAUGAACAAAAAGUGAAAUUCGCAACACACUCUUUAAGGGGGGAAGCAGUAUUUUGGUGGGACACUGUUAAACAGACGGAAGAUUGUUCAACAAUGACUUGGACGAGGUUUAAGGAGUUGUUCUUUGAUAAAUAUUUUCCUACGUGUAUGAACAAUGAGAUGGAGAUGAAGUUUUUAAGAUUGAAGCAAGAAGGAAUGUCUGUGUCAGAAUAUUUGUCGAAGUUUUUGGAGCUUUCUAGGUUUUCCCCUCAUCAGGUUAAUACUGAAGCUAGGAAAUGUCAGAGAUUUCAGGAGGGACUGAAACCUCAAAUUAGAGAAAUGGUCUCUUUGUUGGAACUAGAGCAAUUUGAUAAGUUGGUGGGAAAAUCUAGGAUUGCCGAAAGGGAGUAUGAAGCUCGCACCCAAUUCUUCAACAAUAAGAAAAGAGGAAGAGAAACAGAACUGCGUGAUAAAUCAGGAUAUAAGAAGGAUGACAAGAAGUUUCAGAAGACAAAGAAAGAGAGUUUCCGGGGAAAUGAUAGGAAGACCACUAUACCGGAGUGUAAGAAGUGUGGACUGAAGCAUGGUGGUGACAUUUGUUACCGAGCAGAUGGGUUGUGCUAUAAUUGUGGAGAGAAGGGGCAUAUAGCGACUCAAUGCCCAAAGCCGAAAGUAAUUUCUUGCUAUAGCUGCGGAAAACCAGGACAUGUAUCGAGGGACUGCCCACAGAAAGGAGUCAAGCAAGAAGUUGAAACUAAAGGAAAUAGGACUUCUACAACAAGACCUUUUCAGCAAUCAGCACCUAGGGCAGUGGCAAGAACCUACGCAAUGACAACUCAGGAUGCUGAAAAAUCUCAUGAUGUUGUGUCAGGUACGCUUCAACUUUGUUCUCAAGGUGUGCAUGAUUUGUUUGAUUCUGGAUCAACUCAUUCUUUUGUGGAUUUGAAGUAUGUGGAUAAGUUGAAUACUCCUGCGCAAAGUUUAGAUAAUGCCCUACUAGUAAAACUCCCUAAUGGUAGAAAUUUGUUUGUGAACAAAGUUUAUAAAGAUUGCACCCUUGUAAUUAGCGGACAUACUUUUCUAGUAGACUUGUUACCUUUAGACUUAAGGGAUUUUGGAGUGAUUUUGGGAAUGGAUUGGUUGACGAAGUAUAAAGCCAAUUUGGAUUGUAGUAAAAAGCGAAUAUGUUUAAGGAGGCUAGAUAAAAAGAAGGUUUAUUUUAAAGGAGACAGGUCGGAAAAACCUAGUGUCAUGAUAUCAGUUCUGAAAGCUUAUAAGAUGUUAAGAAAAGGAUGUGAAGGGUUUCUAGCUUAUGUGAUUGGUGAGGAGGAAGUUAAAAAUAAAGUUGAGAAUACCCAUGUGGUUAGAGAGUUUCUAGAUGUUUUUCCCGAGGAUUUGCCAGGAUUGCCACCCGAAAGAGAGGUUGAGUUUAGUAUUGAAUUGGUUCCGGAGGCACAACCAGUAUCGAAAGCACCAUAUAGGAUGGCACCAACCGAAUUAGCGGAACUCAAGAUACAACUACAAGAGUUGUUGGAUAAAAAGUAUAUUAGACCAAGUGUUUCUUCUUGGGGAGCACCAGUGUUAUUUGUAAAGAAGAAGGAUGGUUCUCUACGAUUAUGUAUUGAUUAUAGAGAACUAAAUAAGUUAACGGUAAAGAAUAAAUACCCACUUCCACGAAUAGACGAUCUUUUCGAUCAAUUACAAGGAGCCACUUACUUUUCGAAGAUAGAUUUGCGCUCGGGUUAUCAUCAAUUGAGAGUAAAGAAAGAAAGCAUUCCAUUGACGGCAUUUAGGACUAGAUAUGGUCACUAUGAGUUUGUAGUAAUGCCGUUUGGGGUGACAAAUGCACCUGCGGUAUUUAUGGAUUUGAUGAAUCGAGUAUUUAGGAAUUAUUUGGAUAAGUUUGUAAUUGUGUUUAUCGAUGAUAUUCUUAUUUACUCAAGAACUGAGAAGGAACAUGAAGAACAUUUAAGGAUAGUUUUAGAAACUUUGAGGAAAGAGCAGUUGUAUGCUAAGUUUUCAAAAUGUGAGUUUUGGUUAAGGAGAGUAAGUUUUCUUGGACAUGUAGUUUCAGAAGAAGGAAUUUCGGUUGAUCCUUCAAAGAUUGAGGUGAUCAUGAAUUGGGAGAGGCCAAGGACGGUUACAGAGAUUCGAAGUUUCUUAGGUUUGGCCGGGUAUUAUAGGAAGUUUGUUCAAGAUUUCUCUAAGAUAGCUGGACCAUUAACAAAUCUCACAAGGAAAGACAUUAAGUUUGUUUGGUCGGAGGAAUGUGAGAAAAGUUUUAUUGAAUUAAAGAAAAGACUAACGUCUGCUCCAGUACUUGGAUUACCAGAUGGAACUGAAGAUUUUGUUAUUUAUAGUGAUGCGUCAAGAAAAGGAUUAGGAUGUGUGUUAAUGCAACGUGAUAAGGUAAUUGCUUAUGCAUCUCGACAAUUAAGAAAUCAUGAGAAGAAUUACCCUACCCACGAUUUAGAAUUGGCUGCAGUAGUUUUCGCGCUUAAAAUUUGGAGGCAUUACUUGUAUGGAGGAAAGUGUAAAAUUUUUACAGAUCAUCAAAGUUUAAAGUACCUCUUUUCACAGAAAGAUUUAAAUAUGAGGCAGAGAAGAUGGCUGGAGUUGUUAAAGGAUUAUGAUUGUGAAAUUUUAUAUCACCCUGGUAAGGCGAAUGUUGUAGCUGAUGCGUUAAGUAGGAAGGAAGUCGGGAAUUGUGCGAGUGUCGUAGUAGAAUCACUGGAUGUUCAAGAAGAAAGAUUUGGAGUGGGGUUUGGUAUGCAAAAGAAGGAUAAGAGCUUACUGUGUCAGAUUAAGGUCAAACCGAUGUUCUUAGAAAAGUUAAAGGCAAGUCAGAUUCAAGAUGAACGAUUAAAGGAAAUUCUGAAUAAUUCUAAUUCAGAGUUGGGAAAGAAAGAUUUUAGGAAAGGACACGACGACAUCGUGAGGUUUCGCGAUCGAAUAUGUGUACCAUCUGAUAUAGAGAUUAAGAAGGAAAUAUUGUCUGACGCACAUUCAUCAUCUUUUUCAGUACAUCCUGGAUCUACGAAGAUGUAUAAGGACUUAAAGCAAUAUUUUUGGUGGCCUAAGAUGAAGAGAGAAAUUGCGGAAUGGGUGGCAAGAUGUUUAGUUUGUCAACAAGUGAAAGCGGAGCAUCAAAGGCCAGGAGGAUUAUUACAAUCGCUACCUGUCCCUGAAUGGAAAUGGGAACACAUCACCAUGGAUUUUGUAUUAGGAUUACCAAGGACACAAAGAGGAAAUGAUGUCAUCUGGGUUAUCGUGGAUAGACUAACAAAGAGUGCGCACUUUCUGGCUAUAUCAGAAUCAUCACCUCUAGAGAAGUUAGCAAAGUUGUAUAUACGAGAAAUAGUUAGGUUGCAUGGAGUACCUGUGUCGAUUGUGUCUGACAGAGAUCCUAGAUUUACUUCGAGAUUUUGGAAUAGUUUUCAAGAAGAAAUGGGUACAAAACUAAGUAUGAGCACGGCAUUUCACCCUCAGACUGAUGGUCAAUCAGAACGUACGAUUCAAAUUUUAGAAGACAUGUUAAGAGCUUGUGUAUUGGACUUUAAAGGAAGUUGGGAAGAACACUUACCUUUAGUAGAAUUUGCAUAUAAUAAUAGUUAUCAAGCGACAAUUGGAAUGGCUCCAUAUGAAGCUCUUUAUGGACGUCGAUGUAGAACACCGUUAUGUUGGGAUGAAGUUGGAGAAAGAAGAUUGUUGGGGCCUGAGUUGAUUCGUGUAACUACGGAGAAGGUAAAGUUGAUACAACAGAGGAUUUUAACGGCUCAAAGUAGGCAAAAGAGUUAUGCAGACAAGGAUCGGCGAGAUGUGGUGUUCAAGGAGGGAGAUUUUGUAUUUCUCAAAAUUUCUCCAUGGAAGGGUGUUAUGAGAUUCGGGAAGAAGGGAAAAUUAAGUCCUCGUUAUAUUGGGCCAUUUGAGGUUCUUAGAAGAAUUGGAGAAGUGGCAUAUGAGCUAGCACUACCACCAAGUCUUGGACAUAUUCAUAACGUAUUUCACGUGUCAUAUUUGAGAAAGUAUGUCUCAGAUCCAUCGCAUAUUAUAGAUUAUGAACCAAUAGAAAUUCAGGAAAAUAUGCAGUACGAAGAACACCCAGUUGAAAUAGCAGAUCGUCGAGAGCAGAAGUUGAGAACUAAGAUCAUACCUUUAGUGAAAGUUAUUUGGAGAAAUCAUAAUGUGGAGGAGGCAACUUGGGAACCCGAAGAAAUGAUGAGGACAAAGUAUCCCCAUUUAUUCGAUAAGUCAGGGUUAUUUAAGAACACUGAAUCUACACCAGUAGUUAUAGAAGAUGAAGAAAGUCCUGCAGUAGAGAAAUGUGAAAUUGAGGUGGGAAAAGGUGAAAUGGAGGUGGAGAAAGGUGAAACUGCGGUUAUUGGGGCUGAGGAUGUGAAUUUAGAGGCUGAGGAUGUGAUUUCAGAGGCUGAGAAUGUGAUUGGAGAGGCUGAGAAUGAAGAUGUUAUUGGGGAUUCAGAUGAUAUGACUGAAGAUGGUAUGGAUGAGGAUGAAAAUAAAGAAGAUGGUCUGGAUGAGAAGGUAAAUAAGGAAGAUGAAAGGGUGGCGCAAAUCUCUCUUGAAGCUGAAAUGGACAGUGAAGAGGAAAGUGUGUAUAAUAGCAAUGAAGAUAGGAUUGCACUGAGUGCUUGUGACGAAGACGAUGACUACUCUGAGUUCAAUGAACUCACGGAUAUGGAUGAUCCUAAGUUCAGAUCGGGGAUGGUGUUUACAAGUGCCCAGGUCUUUAGGGAUGCAGUACGAAAACAUGCCAUAGUUCAUCAAAGGGCUGUGAAGCUAAAAAGAAUAAGAUUGACAAGAGCUUUGAGGAAGGCAAAAUUGGUGAUUCAGGGUAAGCACGAGGAUGAGUUCAGGAAACUCUAUGAUUACGGACCUUUUGGGGGGAUUCUACUAACUGCAGUGGCUACUGAUCCGGAUGAUGGAAUUUAUCCUCUUGCUUGGGCUUGGGUGGAGGCUGAGAACAACGAUUCUUGGGAUUGGUUUAUAUUAUUGUUGAAAAAUGAUAUGAAAAUUGAAAACACUGGUGGAUAUACUUUAAUUACAGACCGGCAAAAGGGCCUGGUGAAUGCUCUUGAAACUCAAGUUCCAAAUGCUAAAUUUCGCUUUUGUGUGAUGCAUAUAUAUGGAAACAUGAGCAAGGAACAUAGAGGAUUAGGAGUUUGCAGCAAGAUCAACCAAUGA